AUGCAACCACGCGACCUAGUGAUCAACGAGCGGCUGAGCCAGCCGCGCUGCCCCUGGAGGGGCAUCUGCACGCUUGCCGGCCUCCUCGCCUUCCUCGCCCUCCUCUCGGCGCCGCAGCAUUCCGAUCGUCCCUCGUCGACGCUGCAAAGCAUCUCCCUGACAGUCCCCGCUGGACUGAGACCUGCGGGGACGCACCUUGGCAGCGACGAUGACGUCGCCAAGACGGCGGGUACCACGCUGCGCUCGGUGCUGCAGCGGCACGCGCAGCUCGGCCUGUUUGACUUUGUGUCGUUUGUCAACCGGUACAACAAGGUGCAGUUCCAGAUGGUGACGCACCGAGUCGACGAGGCGCUGCGCACGCCGGGCGGGCUGAGCGGGCUGCGGCUCGCCGUCGAGAUCCACAUCGGCGGCGGCGGGUACGAGCAGUUCCUCAAGUACACCCUCCCCGACCUGCUCCUCCUCCGCUCAAAGCUGCGCGCCGCCGGCUGCCGCUGCAACCUGGUGACGCUGCUGCGCCACCCGCUGCUGCAGCACCUCUCGUGGCACCGCCACUUUGUCAACGAGCGCGUGCCGCUCUGCUUUUGGAACAGCCCGCACGACUGCCAGAGCCGCAUGUCGAUGGCGCUCGCCUGCCACGGCGGGCCUUCGGUGCGGCCGCUCACGCGCGACCACCGCACCGCCGUCCAGGCGAUGUGGGACGCCUUUGACCUGGUCGGCAUGACGGAGCACUUCGACUCCUUCCUCGUCCUGCUCGCCGACCUCGCCGGGCUGCAGCGCCCGUUCUACCGGAUCCAGCUCGGCACGGCGGAGACGACGGCAGCGAGGGAAGCGACGCGGCGCUGGAGCGCGCGCACGUGCGCCUCGCUCACGGCCGACCCGCCGCAAGCGCUGCUCGAGUACAUUCGCAAGCGGAUGGCGGCCACGGCGAAGGCGGCGGCGGGGUUCCGCGCCCGCAAGGGCAAGGGCGACUCGCGCGGGCCGGCAGGCAUGAUGGACUGCGCCGGCUACGGCCCGUGCGAGCUGCCGGCGGGAUCGACGACGCAAUACAGCUGGUUCGAGCGCGACCAGUGCGACGCGGUGACGGCGGAGGCGCGCGUGGAGCUGCUGCGCGCGGAGGGGGCGGCGCUCGAGGAGCGCGCGAUGCGGCAGCAGGCGGAGCGGCCGAGUGACCUCGCGGCGGCGGCGGGCGUGCCAUGGGUGGUGGACGAGCACGCGAGCUGGUACAAGCCGCACGAGCGCGCGCGUUACUCGUGCGUCAACUGCUCUGGCGACGUCGUGCCGGAGAAGGACCUCGUCGGCUGCUGGCCGCUCUGGCCGCAGUUUGGGCCCGACGAGCUCGAGUUCCGCUGCGUGCGCCGCUGGACGAGCGACCCGGGCGAGCAGGCGCCGCACAAGUACAUGCAGGGCAGGGCGCCGCUGCCUUGCUGGCGCACGUGCUGGACGCCGCUCAAAUCGCCGGGAGCGGAGCGUUGCACCGCCGCGUGCCCCUCCGCCGAGUCGGCCGAGCCGGCCGUCGAGUGGCGCGCGCGGUGGGACGCCGAGCUGCACAGCUUCAAGGAGCGGGACGGAACGGCGCGCGACGUCGAGCGCGCCACGGGCUUCAUCAGGCGGCUACCAAACUCGGACUUCUUCUGGAGCGUGUACUGAGGCGGCCGCAGCGAACGAGCCGUACUGA